AUGUCAAUCGACUACAACGACGUGGAGUUCGCGUACACUCAGGGCGACCAACAUAUCACUAGGACGCUGUACUUGAAGGAUAGAAAAACCAGUCGUGGGGCGCUGGGGAUCUGGCGAGUCGAUGUACUGUGGUCAUGGAAGGUUUACCGUUCCAGACGACAGCUCCAGCGCCUAUAUGGAGACUACCAGCGCGCGGAUACCGCUGGGCUUCCUAUGGACAAGCCGAGAUUCGUGGUGGGACGGAUUCGUUCCCGUGGGCGGACUACCAGCGGAUUCGUGCUGAUUGCGAGGUGGAUGGAGGGCACCCAGUUUCUGAACAAAGCGACCAGCUUCAGGGCGGCUUUGGACGCCCAGAUGAUGCCCCAUGACAGGACCGACCAGAACUACAUAAGGACAACGGCUGGAUGUCUUGCUGCACAGAGUGUGGGUCUGAGGGACUGUCAGGGGUUUGUGAAGAUGGGGGAGCGUGAGUCUUUGCAGUUCUUUGACAUCCACACGAGGUGGAAUCCCAUAUACAACAUAUUCGGCUCUAGCAUACAGGCUGACGCCCUUGUGCAAGUAAUAGAGAGCUGGGAAUCUUCGAUAUAA